GGCUCGACCGUCUUCCACUAGCUACAAACCCGAUGAACAAUGCUAAAAUGCCUGAAGCGCGCCAACCUGCCCAGUUGAAUAACAAGGGUGACAUGGCUGAUGGCAAGCAAAUUGGCGGUUUUGUUGUGAUCCAACCUCCCGUCGACCCGGCUGCAGAAGAGCUGCAGCAGAGCCAACAACAGCAACAGUGGCCUGCAGAGUUCACUGGUAAUGACACAAGAUGCAGGUCCCAAGCGACCCUUAAUGAGCAGAUUUCAGACCUGCAGAUUUCCGGAGUCCAGAAGCCGUUAACUCCGGGAAGUGAACCCCUCUCCCAAGAAAACCCCGCCGAGGACAAAGUCGAAUCCCACAGCACGUUUACCGCUGCCCCGGAAACAGCUGAAGCUAAACCUCGCCCCAAAGAUUCUUAUCGGAAUCUGUGCAAAGUCUUUGCUCUUACACCGAUCCCGACGAUCAUUCUUGAUUCUGACCUUCGCAUUAUCGAUAUUUCCAACAGCCACCUUGAGCUUUUCAAGCUGGACCUACAUGAGUGUUUAGGUCGACGGAUCUUCGACAUGGAGCCAUCGCAGAUUCCUGUGCCAGAUGUCGCUAUCUUGGACAGCGUUAUCAAUACCGCCAUCUCCACUCAGAACGUCCAAGUGAUGCACGAUGUCGAGGACUACUUAUCCCAGUCGGUUUUCCGCAUGAGAGCUACCCCCAUCUUCGAGACAAACAGGCUCCUUUACGUGGUCCUAGAAGCCUUGAACAUUACCGAUCCCUACUUAAAGUCCAAGAUACAUGAGAACGCAUAUGCCUCAGAAACUUAUCGCGUCCUUGUUGACACAGUCAGCGAUUAUGCUAUAUUCAUGCUGGAUACAAAGGGAUAUAUCACUACAUGGAACGCCGGCGCAGCGAUCCUGAAAGGUUACACCGCUGAAGAGGUCCUCGGGAAACAUUUCUCCAUGUUCUACGGAGAGGAUGACUGCGCGCAGGGCAAGCCAAGGAAGGAGUUGGUUCUGUCGCUGCACGAUGGCAAGGUUGAAGAUGAGGGUUGGCGCUAUCGCAAGGAUGGCUCCCGAUUUUGGGCCAAUGUCACCAUAACGCCAGUUCAUCAGUUUGGCCACCAUGUCGGCUUUGUCAAAGUCGUUCGUGACUUGACCGAACGAAAAGCUGCAGAAACCCGCCUCAUCGCUGCAUAUGAGGAGACCUCGAAGCUGAAAAGUGAUUUCCUCGCAAACAUGAGCCAUGAGAUUAGGACUCCAAUGAAUGGGGUCCUCGGGGCCCUUUCCCUGCUCAACAGCACCGCCUUAUCGCAGAAUCAACGAGAAUACGCCACAAUAAUUGAGGAGUCGACUUCGGUACUCCUCCGGUUAAUCAAUGACAUCCUCGAUUAUUCAAAGUUGUCAUCCGGUUCAUUUUCUCUCACCACCGAUGUCUUCAGCGUCGAAAGCAUCGUGAACUCUGUGAUCCAAAGUUGCCCACCCAGAAAUCCAGAGAUAGAGGUGAAGAGUAUUAUCGACCCAGAUUUCCCGAGUCAUGUCAAAGGCGAUCCUCUUCGCUUUCGUCAGAUCCUCCAGAAUCUUGUUGGCAAUGCUGUCAAAUUUACAGACAAAGGAUACAUCCACGUUCGGACAUGCUUUAAAGAGGACGAGCGUGAUGACUACUCUGUGACCGUUGAGGUCAUCGAUUCGGGUAUUGGCGUUGCUGAUGAAGCAAUGAACACUCUUUUCGCACCGUUCACUCGAUCCGCCAACUCGGCGACCAAACGUUACCAAGGAACCGGCCUUGGUCUCUCCAUCUGCAAAAGCCUAGCAGAGCUUAUGGGCGGUGCAGUGGGCUAUCGAACAAACCCGGACUGCCAAGGCAGCAUAUUUUGGUUAAAAAUCAAACUUGGUCGCAUCGAUGCCGCCUCACCUAGGUCGAGGGUGCUUGAGUCGUCAGAUCCUUGUGAAGAUAUCAGGAAAAUUGCCCCUCGCAAGCAGCUUUUACUUGUGGAGGAUAAUAUGGUAAAUCAAGUUGUCAUGCUAAAAAUAUUGAAGUCCCUUAACUUUGAGCGAGUUGAUGCUGCUUGGGAUGGAGCGGAAGCCGUGCAUCUUAUAAAAAAGAAGCCGUUGGCGUAUCAUGCCGUCCUUAUGGACGUAAGUAUGCCCGUGAUGGAUGGACUUGAAGCCACGGCUGCUAUCCGCGAGAUGAGAAAUGAAGUUCCUAUUAUUGCCGUGACCGGUAACGCUCUCAAGGGAGAUUUCGAGACGUACCUUGCGAAAGGGAUGAACGACUUCGUUGCGAAGCCUAUUCACCGAAAGGAACUCGCUCGUGUUCUGUUGCAGUGGGUUGGCCCUUGAGAAGGGCCAUGCGAGAGAAGAGAAAAAGUUAUGAAGCCACCAACAGUGAUGUUCCUUUAAUGUUUUCCUUUUUCCUACCAGCGCACACGGGAGGUCGACGACCCGGCUGAAAGGCAUGGACCGCCUAUUGGCAUUUGAUCGUCGAAUCCGUGUCCCCGGCGUGCAUUAUUUCGGGGCGUGGCGUGCGCAGGAAGCUUGACUUUUCCACGAGACUGCAUUAACUUACCGCCUUAUGUGGACCCAGAUUUGACACUCCCCUUUAAGAAAA